AGUAACCCAGAGUAUCUCUCAACAAGGGUCGUGAGACAAUAGGCUUUCGGGAGGAUAGGAAGGAGCCUUAAAAAACAACUUCCAAUACGAGUGGAUGUGAUACAAGAAAUAGAUCAUGUCUACCAAUGCAACCAGCAGCGUAUACGGUGCCACGACUGAACCGGGGAGGAAAUCUAAGAAAUUGCUCGUCGGUCCAAAUGAGUACUUGACUUAUGUGAGGUUUUUUUUUAAAGUCUUCGAGGUGCUCUUCUCUUUGGCCGCCUUCAUAGCGGAGGAGACCAUCACUAACUGCGUGUCGUGCUCGCCGCUCUACUUCUUUGAGUUUGUCAGCUGCACGGCCUUCCUCUUUACCGCCCUCCUCCUCGUCCUCUUGGCAACCAACCUGAGCAAGAAAGUGGGCAUCAACUGUUGGCCUCAGCUGGACUUUUAUUACACAGCGGCCAUUACCGUACUCUUCCUCAUCGCGUCCAUCGUCUUCCUGGCAGACAACAGCGGGAUGAUCGUGGAAAGGGUCGCAGGGGUGUUUGGAAUCCUUGCCAGUGUGGUUUAUAUAUUGGAUCUUGGGCUGUUCUGUAAGGAAAAAGGUGUUCCGUUCAUAAAGCGUUCUCCAGCCCAGGCCCAGGCCCAGUCGCAAGCACCAGAGAGUGAGAAGCUGAACACGGUCCAGGCUACUAACGGAGGGGAGUAGACCCCAGGGUCAGUUUUCGCUAAAGACCAUCGGACACGAGUGCUGCUUGCCAUUUUUAUAUCAAGAAGGACAAAGUGUCCCCCAUUUUUUUUAAUGAAGGCUUUUUUUUUUUUUGCCCACCCUAUACCACAGAGACUGGUGCUCAGAUGCUCAGUCCACUGAUGAAUCUGUGUGAGGUAGAAGUAGUAAGACCUUAAAAGAAAUAAACGUUGAUGGUAAGUCUGACAAUUGUCUGUAAUUUGGCUUAAUGGAAAGAGCAGAAAAAAACUGGAUCCCUGUAUACUUAUUUGUCAUUACUUUCACCUGAUUUCUCACUAUUUUAUAUUGAUGUUACAUAUUUCAUCAUCAUAGACUUUUGUGUGCCAGAAUUAUCAUGUGUAAUGCUGAAAUAUUUGAAUAGUUUGCCUUAAAGAGCAAACAUUCCUAACUUUGAAUCAUGCAAUGAGAUGGCAAGACACAUUCCUGCUUUUUGGCCUAUGGUAGGAUGUGUACAAAAUGUCAAAAUUUUACUGUCUGAUAAUAUAAUUUAUAAAGCCUCAUGCCAGGUUAUUAUCAGUAUCAUCAUAAACCAAGUUAAUCCCCACCAAAUUUGCAUUUUUAUGACUAAGCUCCAUAGGAGUUGAGUUAAAAAUAUGACUAUCUAAAUUUCUGUUGACAAUGAUUGUGUGCCUUUGUCUAAUUCACACAUAGAGGGUGUGAUCAUUGCUUCAACUUUAUAGUGAUGUACUCUCUGCCUUCUUUCAAUCGCUUGUAAUCAAAAUGAUUUUAACUUUACUAGUCUUUCUUUACUGAAUUUUUGCCUUAAAAGUUUCUAUCAUAUAUAUAUUUUUUUUUUGCAAGAGCUUAAAGCCACUAAUGUGUUUUAAAAGUUGCACUUAUCAAAAGAGAAUUAUGUUGUGAUUUUGUGUACACCAUGUAUGUUCAGUGCAUCACAGAGGGUGUGUAAGCCCAGUUGUUCAACCUAUUUUUUAAGAUGCCCAGAGAAACAAAUGGACUGCAAGUCUCCUGAGACAGUCAUCUGAGUUACAGUGCCCUCUUGUGGUGUCGUAGUUGAUUGCUCUGGCUUCUGUUAAUUAAACUACAGAUGUGUAUGGUGUGGUAAACAUUUACGUGAAAUCCGUCUACUGCCUAAUCCCCUGACUAUAAAACCAAAGUAAAACAUUCCUAGUUCAAGGAAGAGCAUUUCCUUUAAGUUAAUCGUGUAAAUUGUUUCUGAGACCUUUUUAAGAAAUUUUAGAUGAUUUUUGAUAAUUUACAAACAUAUUUGUUUCAGUGUCAUGGUUUCUUUGCUUUUCGGCUUUUUUACUGUUUGCAUACGAGUACUUUUUUUUUUUUUUUUUUUUAAAUUUUUUUUAAAGGGGUUACCC